AUGCCAUUUGCUCACUCUCUCCUACGGAGGGAUCCAUAUUUCGGUCACAUCGGUCUUGUUCCUUGUGCCAUCGGAGCCACAAAAAUAAGUGAAUGGGAGCGUGGCACCAUAAAUUACAACCGACUAAUCGAUAGAGCAAGAUUCGCCAUGAAAACAAGUGGAUCUAUAAGGGCUAUCCUUUGGUAUCAAGGUGAGAGUGAUACUGAAAAGAAACAAGAUGCCAUCAUCUACAAGGAUAAACUGAAAAAAUUCUUCACAGAUGUUCGGGUUGAUUUAGUCUCACCAUUGCUUCCUAUUAUUCAGGUCAGCCCUGUCACUUAA